AAAUUUCUUCGUGCCAAAAAUCGUCGAUUCAUGGAAGCGAGCAUUUUCUUCCAAACGUAUUCGGGAGACUUCGCGAUAAGUUCUGAUCCUAUUCAACUGAUGCUCAAAUGGUCAACUCGCCAACAUUCAUGCAUCUGGCAACACCAUCCAAGCCAGCAAAUUUUACCUGGAGGAAGCGUCUUCGAUCGCGCUGCAGGAAAAUUGUGCCAAUCACGUUGCAUAUUUGGCACUGACCUAUUGGCACCGUUUCCCAGAUAUGGCGGAGCUCGAGCUCAAGCUGGGGGAUGACCAUCCACCUAAACCGACCCAAUCCCAAUCCCAGGCAGAUGACAUUACUGUCCAGUCGUCACAUGAGCUGCUGCUACCCCCUACCGAGCCCAACUUCUGGAGUGCGCGAUUGCGUUCUACAGUGGCCGAAGCAGAUCGUCGCCUACAGACCCUUCUCGGCUUGCACGAGAAAAUUUUGCGUGGGCUCGAAGCGUCAUUACUUUUGAAUAGCGCAAAACAUGCAAUAAAACUUGCAGCAGCUGUUCGGGGACUCCCGGAGAAGCUCAAGCCCUUCCUGGAUCCGGUAUUGGCUCGAUUGAGAUCUUUCGGUGAUCGCCGAGGAGUGUACUUGGUCCAGUCUUGGUACUAUCUUGAAUUGGCCCAAAUCCUGGGGCGUGCUGAUGAAGCUCGGGCGUAUUUUGAGCACGUGCUAACUCAGCAGGACUCGGUACGGAUCCCGGACUUCAUCCGUGCAGCCUGUCGCGGCGCCUGGACAAGCUACCGCACGCUGGAGGACGAUGAAAACGCCUUGAGGUAUGCUCUUAGAGAAUUUGACUGUUAUCAGUGUAUCCUCGAAGAGUCCAAGAGAUCCGUCGCGGCUUAUCAUGUGGUCGUGUCAAGGUUAUCAAUUGUCCGGACCCGAGCAAAUCAAGUUGUUCACAACUCAGAGAAUCAAAGUCGUCUGAAUGACUUACGACAUGAGCUCGAACGAAUUACCAUCCUUCUAAACACCUGGAUUGAUUCCGACAGAAAGGCCUCUAGGUGGCCUGAAUACCACGACAAGACGCACCAACUAUCUUCGAUGGUUUCACCACUGUGUGACCAGCUUCAAGUCAAUGACGAUCGUGUACGAAGAUUGAUCACCUCCCCGAAUGAUGCUCAGACAACGAAAGGCAUAGAUUUAACGCCGACGUCACUCAUUCACAUCAGGGUCUUGAUGCAAGAAAGGCGCUAUGCGGAACUCUUUUCGUACGCUCGCAAGAUGUAUGGGAUCGUCCUGCAUAACAAGACUGCCACGCUUCACCAAAUGAGCAUCAGUGCAAUGGCUUAUGCUGUUGCGCUUCAGUCACUGUCAUCGCACCGACCGCGACCUUCAGAACAAGUCCUCAGAUUCAUUCGACGUCUUCAGUAUGAGCUCCUCACCACUAACUUGAAGGCGCUCCAGUCCGCUCUCUCGGAGCGACAAUACUUGCAGCGAGCAUCUCUGCUUGCCAUGAUUGUCCCAGAAUGUCUCAAGUUUUGGCCAGACGCUCGAUCUGAAUAUGUUCGAGCGAUGAUUGAAUAUUUUGAGGGCGCGCACUUCAUCUGUCGCAACGUCCGUCGGGGUAUUCAGUCAAGUGAUGACUUGGAGAAAUGGAUUCGAAGACGCGCCCUGGGCGGAACAUGGUCUUUCUCUGGUCUUUGCAAAUACGCCGGUGGGUUCUUCCUCCAGACAGCAAACGAGGGACUUGCCUGGUCAUGGAUUCAGCGGGGAUACGGACAAGCUCUUCAUGACAUGCUGCAAGAUCGGGAGACUGCUUCUAGUCGGGUAUUGAUGGCAGUGAAGCACCACAAGGAUCUUGCAGAUGACCUCUCCGAAGAGAUCAGACUGAUAAGGGGGCUUGCGAAACUAGACCCGAUCGACUACUUUGAAACCGUCCAAGUACUGAAUCGACAACGAGAUCGAAUGAGAAAACAUCCGAUUUUUCGACAGAUGCUGGAUGGGCCUGAAAAUUCCGGACCAAUGCAUCACGACAAUUUAGAGGAUAUCUGGGGCCUUCUCAAUUAUCUUCCUGAGGCCGCCAAUAUUGUUCUUGUCGACUGGUUCAUUGAUUCGCGGAAAGUUAUAUGGCGACUAGCGAUAAAUUCCAGGGAAAAGCAUUCGAUGCCACGGUCUUGGAAAUUGGAUAUAAAGCUGCAACAGAUCAAGGUCUGGACUCAGUCCUACCUGCAAUUCCCUGUAGGUCAAGUCGCACAAUUAGAGUUGGAUUGGAAAGCUCUACACAUUCUACGCAACUUGGUUAUGGGUCUUGAGGACGUAUGUAGGCCAGGAGACCUGAUGAUUCUGAAUAUUCCAGGUGAAAUGGCAGGCAUCCCUUUCCACGGGAUUCCUUUUGACGGUAAUCCCGGCAUGAUCAUGAUCGAGCGCAACCCGGUCAUUUAUUCAUCCGGGUUGAACCUAUAUCGACGGUGUCUGGAGAGAGCUUUGGAUAUUCCAGCCGUUGGCGCAGGGCGCCUGCUUGGAAAAGCCGUCUUUACCUCUGCAUACGAACAACCAGGCAUCGAGGACGAGCGAGAUUCGAUCUUCAACCAUCUGAGGAAUACCGCAAAUCUAUUCGACGGGAGCGUACUGUUGGGCCUCGAUCUCACGAGAGAUUCCUUGCGAAAUGCUCUCGAAACAGCGACCUGGAUUCACUACCAUGGGCAUGCCUACUACACGCAGAGAGAGGCUCUGAACCAGUGUUUGGUUUUAGGAUCAAUCGGGGGCUCCGAAGAGCUUCAAUCUCAUAAUCACCAAAGCUCGAUACAAGAGGCCCGGGCGCGUCUCGAAGCUGAGAUGCCGUUCGAAGCUUUUCCUACCCCGAAGGAGGUAUUGUUGACGGACCAUCUACUGGGGCGCUCAUCUCGCCUUGCUGUCGCGGAUGUAUUCGUCAUGGACAUCUCUCGGAAUCAUCCUGUGGUCUGCAAUAUCGCGUGCGAUUCCAGUGUCCAGAAUUUCACGUCUGGCAAUGAUCCUCUGGGGCUCGUCUCCGCGCUUUUCUGUGCAGGUGCAUCUUCAGUCGUUGGAACACUGUGGCCUGUCCGCAGCUCCUCGGGACGAUUCUUUACGGAGAAAUUUUACAGCAACUUAAAGGCACAAGGCAGUGACCCAGCAGUCUCCCGAGUGCAUUCGCCUCGUCAAGUUCUGAAUCUUGCACUGGCCUUCAGGGAGGCAACUUUGGCUAUCAAAAAGACCAAGCCAGAACCUUGUUACUGGGCCGCAUUUGUUCUUCAUGGAGCCGGAUUCUAUUUUUCCAAUUAGUAGUCCUCAUGGAGUUUUGAGAGCUCCUGAGUCGAAAGACGCCCCCUACAACAGUGCCCUUAAGCGUGUCGAGUCUGCCACUAACACAAGCUCAGGGAAGAGCAAGGCAACUGCAAGACAAUAAGGAACACUCAUCCUGCAAAGCGGAUAAGAAGCCUUUGCUCCGUUCAAGGAGAUGAUGUGGUCGCGAGGGCUAUCACACACGAGUUGGAUUCGCCGGA